AUGCGUCUUAUCAGCAGUUUGUUAGCCGGUGUUGCAUCGCUUGGUGCUGUUCAAGCUGCACGCGUAGUCUAUGACUGGAAUGUCACCUACGUCAACGCAAAUCCAGAUAACCUCAAGGAACGUCAAGUCAUUGGCAUCAACGGAAAAUGGCCGCCGCCACCGAUUGAAGUGACUCUGGGUGACACCUUGGUUGUCAACUUGCACAACUCCUUGAAUGAGCCCACUGCCCUCCAUUUCCACGGUCAAUUUCAAAACGGCUCCGUUUGGAUGGAUGGUCCUUCCAUGGUUACUCAAUGCCCUAUACCUCCAAACUAUGAUUUCACUUACGAAUUCAACAUUACUCAAACUGGUACUUACUGGGCCCACAGUCAUUACAUGGGUCAAUAUAUGGACGGCUUCCGCUCACCAAUGAUUCUUCAUAACCCCAACGAAUCCUAUGCAUAUGAUGAGGAGGUCACUGUUACUCUUUCAGAAUGGUACCACGAUAGCAGUUACACCAACCUUGCUACCUUCUUGAACAUCAAAAACCCCACUGGUGCUGAGCCUGUUCCCCAGUCGGGCUUUAUCAACGAUAGUGCCAACACUACCUUCCAUUUUAAACCUGGAAAAGUCUAUCGUCUGCGUCUCAUUAACAUUUCCGGUUUCUCCACUUUCUUCUUCAGUAUUGAUGGUCAUGAUAUGGACAUUAUUGAAGUCGACGGCAUUGAUACCGAGCGCAAAACCGUCAAGAGUCUCUACCUCACUGCUGCCCAACGUUUCUCUGUCUUGGUCUCUACCAAAAAUGCUACCAAUCUCAAUUACUACAUGCAUGCUGAUAUGGAUACUGGCAUGUUCGAUACUCUUCCUGACGACUUGCAGACAAACCUUACCGCCCCUAUCUACUAUGAUGAGUCCCAUAACAACUUCGCUUCCAGUGAAGAUAUUGGUAUGGACAGCGACUUUGAUGAUAUCUCCCUCGUUCCUUUGUUGAAGGAAUCGGCCGUGGCUCCCGAUCAUCAAGUGAACUUGACAUUCAAUUUUGAUGUUACUACUGAUGGUUUUAACCGUGGCAUGUUCAACGAGUUGCCUUACCUUGCACCCAAUGUCCCUACCCUCAAUACCAUGUUCUCUAUGGGCGAUCUUGCCACCAAUGCUGCUGUCUACGGUCCUCAAACCAUCGCUACCGUGUUCAAGCAUCUCGAUAUGAUUGAAUUGGUGCUGAAUAACCUGGAUAGUGGUGACCACCCUUUCCAUUUGCACGGCCACGUUUUCCAAAUCGUUGCUCGCGGUGAUGGUGUGUACUCUGGAAACACAUCCGACGUGCAAUGGGUGAACGAAAAUCCUGUUCGUCGUGACACCGUCAUGGUGCCUGCUGAAAGCUUUACCAUUCUUCGUUUCCGCGCUGAUAACCCCGGUGUUUGGAUCUUCCAUUGUCAUAUUGAUUGGCAUUUGGAAAGUGGUCUUGCUGCCAUCUUUAUCGAAGCCCCUGACGUUGCUCAGCAACGCAUGACCUUGCCCCAGCAAUUCUUGGACGUCUGCGAAGCCAGCGGUAUCAAGGCCACCGGUAAUGGUGCCGGUAAGGAAGGCCUCGACUUGAGCGGUGCUCCCAGCGGCAUUACUCUUAUCUACGAUGGUUUCACUGCCAAGGGCAAGGGUGCUAUGGCCGGCUGUAUCUUAGCCGCUCUUGUUGGUAUGGGUACCAUUAUUUGGUACGCCAUCUCCGAUCCCGAGAAGAAGGUCAGAGAAAUGAUGGCUAAGCAGUAA